AGCCAUCAUCAACCUUCUACUCCUUCAUACUCCUCUCGUCAUGGCUACUCCCAACCCAAAAGCCUUUCCGCUCGCUGAUGCCGCACUGAGCCAGCAGAUUCUCGACCUCGUGCAGCAGGCCUCGCACUACAAGCAGCUCCGUAAGGGUGCCAACGAAGCAACCAAGACACUGAACCGUGGUAUCUCCGAGUUCAUCGUCAUGGCCGCCGAUACUGAACCGAUCGAGAUUUUGCUCCACCUGCCACUCUUGUGUGAGGAUAAAAACGUCCCUUACGUCUUUGUCCCAAGCAAGUCUGCCUUGGGUCGUGCGUGUGGUGUCUCUCGCAGUGUCAUUUCAGCAAGUGUCACGACGAACGAGGCGAGUGAGUUGCGUGGACAAAUCACAAGCAUCAAGAAUGCGAUUGAAAAGUUGCUCGUUUAAGAAGCAUGCAUUGUAUGCACUCUCUGUAUUGCUGGACUAUGGCGAUGACAGGCACGGUUGGUCUGAGGUAUCGAACGAUGACGAUCCAGCAGUGACUCUAUAUAGUCAAACAAUACAAUCUUUCAAAUCA